CCGCGCUGAGCGCACGUGAGGCGUUUCAAGAAUCCUCUUCAAAGACUCGCGCGUGAUCGUGUCUGUGUCGCAGUGUGUGCUCUAUGUGGAAAGCGAAAAGCGCGCGCGGCGUGUCGCCCGCGCAUCUCCGCGCUCACUGAGCGGAGACAAAGUUACAGUUCGGCACACGUUUUAAAGUUCCACCGUGACGUAGUCGGAAGCGGACCUGCGGACAAACUGCUGAUAGUAAAGCGAUGUCGCGAAACCUCUGAAGCUGAAGUGUUCAUAUAGCUGAGUGGUGCGUGCAACAUGUGCGCGUGCGCGUGGCGGCUGCACGCCUUCACCGCCGCGCUCGUGCUCGCCGCGCACCUCAUCAAAGUGUUGUCCUGCGGCGAGACGGGCGGGGGCGGCGGCGCGCGCGCGCGGCGCUACGUGGGUCUGUACACCGGCCCUUACUUCGACCCCUCGGCGCCCAACAACAUCACAGCGCAGCUGGGAACACACGCCUACCUCCCUUGCAAGGUGCGACAGUUGAGUAACAAGUCUGUGUCUUGGAUCCGACGUCGCGACGCGCACAUCCUCACCGUGGACCGGUUCACGUUCAUCGCCGACGAGCGCUUCCAGGCGUUCCUUGUCGAGGCGACUGACACGUGGACAUUGCAGGUAAAGUACGUGCAAGCGCGUGAUGCGGGCGUGUACGAGUGUCAGGUCGGCACCGAACCCAAGAUGAGUCACUUUGUGCAGCUCAACGUCGUCGUGCCAAAGAUUGAGAUUGUCGGCGAGUCGGACCUGUACGUCAAGGCCGGCAGCACGGUGAGCCUGAAGUGUGUGAUAACGCAAGCUCUGGAGGAACCCGCAUAUAUCUUUUGGUAUCACAACGACGAACGCGUCCUCAACUACGACAGAAGCCUUGUCGAGAUCAGGAUGGAGCGCCUCGCACCCGACACUACGAUCGGAAACCUGAUAAUAUACAAUCCUCGGCGAGAGGACUCCGGCAACUAUUCGUGCUCGCCUUCCAAUCUCGACUCCGCGUCCGUCGUGCUCCACGUGCUCAGCGGCGAGCAACCGGCCGCCAUGCAGCACGGCAACGGAGCCGCGCCGCGUGGCGCGCGCACGGCGCUGCUGUUGGCCGGCGCCGCGCUCGCCGCGCCACGCGCCUCGCGCCCGCUCGCACUCCUCGCACUCGCUCUCCUACUACCGUUGCAGUGCCACGACGAGGACUCGCCGAAAUAGCGUCCGCCGCAUGCCGUCACGCUCGCACAGCGGACUCUGUGAAACCUCGUGCGCUGCACGUGUGACGCGCGUUCGCGGACCUCUCUGAUACUUUAUAAGUUAAUAUUGUCGCUCGAGCGAGAGAUCCGCAGACGACGCGUCCUUAUUCAAUAUACUAACGAUAAUCUCCCAGCGAAUCCAACGCUGGGACCUCUGUAAAGUUUGUACAUAUUAUUAUAAAUAUUAAGAUAUAUGAAAUCUUUUAAAUAACGUCAAACGCGCGUCGCCUGCCGUCCGGGACGCGGCGCGCGCGCUGACCGCGGGGGUCGCUGCGGGGUCGCGUGGUUUAAAUUCGAUGCCGUCGUUAUUAUAUCGGAGCGUUACGCUAGUGAUAGUCAUUUUUUAUUAACGAGUACUAGAGAUAAGUAUAAUUUCGCACGCCAUACCUCCCUGAACGGCUCCCGCUCGUUCUCACAUCGAAGUUGUUUAAUUCCGGUCCCGGGCCGAUGCGCCCGCUCUCUGUCGCCAAGCGACAAGAAGUGAUCGCCUUCGGGUAAUUAUUUAUUUCCGACGGGUCGUCGCCUGCGCCUCGGCGCUCGUCCGUCAUCCGUCGUCCGGCGCCCGUCCGGCGUCCGGCGCGCAGGCGGCGUCCGGCGUUUGUUAAGUUGUACGUUGAGCAGUGAUACGGAGUAAAGUAAGUUUGAUUCGUUGACACUGUUACUGCCUCACUUGUAAAUAUAUAAAUGUAAGUAAUAUAAAUAAAGAUGAGAUCGUUGAAACAUU